CACCCACACGGCCGAAUCCAUCCCGUUGUCUCUGCGUCCUGACGGAGUGGAACCCAUUCACCGAUAUUAUAUGUACAAGCCCUAAUUCACUGCCAAGAAGAAGAAGAAAGAGAUUCUCAAUCCGAGGUCGCGUUUCCGGUGAUCAAGCCUCUGUGUUCCGCUAUUGCCUAUGAUCUUUAGGGUUCAAGAAAUUGUCCGGAACGCGUGUACGAUUGAGGAAGCGCGGGGGAAUUGAGUAACUUGUGAGCGCUGAUAAAUUAUAUUCAGGAGUUUCUGGUGAUCAAGAAUUGUUCGUGAUCGUCGGAAACAGUAUAAAUGUGAAAAAGUUUUGAUACAGAUGGAGAAGAACGUUCGUUCACUAUAGGAGAAUCACCGACAUUUUCUGAUCAAUCAUCUCUUUGCUUUCGAACCUUGAAAAAUGUCUAGUGGAGCUGCCCGAAGGGUCUCACGGCAAGAUAUACAACUGGUGCAAAAUCUUAUAGAACGAUGUCUUCAGCUGUACAUGAACCAGAAAGAAGUUGUGGAGACUCUCUUGGAUCAGGCAAAAAUAGAGCCUGAUUUUACUGAACUUGUUUGGCAAAAGCUUGUAGAAGAGAAUCAAGACUUUUUUGAGGCUUAUCAUUUGAGAUUAAUGGUGAAGCAUCAAAUCAACGUUUUCAACGAGUUGCUUAAACAACAGGUGGAUCUUAUGCAUCGCGUUUGCCCUGCUAGAGUUGAUUCAGUACCUAUUCCCAAUGGAUCUCAGCUCUCAGCAUUACAACAGAACUCAGCAUGCUAUCCCUCAGAGCAUGUGGGACCAUCUAUGAAGCCAUCGAGCAUGCACCAUCAUAUUAGUUCCGGCUUGUCUAAUGCUUUUACCAAUGGUGGGUCAUCACUGCAAACCAGUAUGCACACAGCUGUAGAUAUGUCUGCCAAUACCUGUAGAAUUGAUGCCCCACAGGACAUGCUUUCUACUCGGAGCGCAAACCUGGGUUUAAUGCAAGGAAUGAAUGGAGGGAUGAUCAAACCAGAAGCUGGUUAUUCAGGCAGUUCCCCAUUCAUGUUUGGUGCUGAUAACACUGCCCUGGAAAAACGAGUAGCCAUUGGAGAUGCAUCAGUUACACCUUUCUCAAGUGUAGUGUCAAACUCCCAAACCUUGGGCGAGCCUCUUCUGGACUCUGACACUUCUUCAUAUGGAUUUUUGGGGCAGAUUCCUCAAAGUUUCAGCCUUUCUGAUUUGACAGCUGGAUUUUCUCAGAGUUCUGAUAUACUAGAAAGCUAUCCUAGAUCACCCUUCCUAACAGCAGAUACAGACAACUUCAUGGAUUCUCGUGGAAGGGGAGAAAACCAAGGAGACAGUAAAAGAUUGGACACCAUAUCAGAAGGGUUAAGCUAUGAAGACUUUCCCAGUGACUGAUUGAAUAAUCCCAACUGUCAGCUGCAUUGCUAGGAUUAAAGUGUGUAAAUAGCAUUUUAGAGAUGGGGGGUCAUCAAAUUUUAAACUCCUUGGACAGUAUAGAUUGGUGUGUAAAGAGGUUCACUGACAUCGCUUUGUAAUGGUGAGAUGAAAUGAGGAAAGCUUCUGAAAAAAAGGUUCAAACAAUCCAACAGAAAGGUGUUUUGGAUGAUGGAUAUGGUCUUGCUUUUAUGACAAGGUCGGUGUAGAAAUAAUGGUGCAAUGAUACUGUGGCUUGCUGAUGUUGAUAGGCAUGGUAGAAUAUUUGAAUUCUGCUUUUCAUUUAGAAUGGAGUGAUUUGUUAGAAACACCUUCAUUAUCAGUGAAGGGAUUGGAAUUUCUUAUAUGUGAUUUUAUGUUAGCUAUAUUGACAUCUUAUAUUUUGGUAUUUGUUAAGUCAGCCAUGGUUGAUUCUUUGAUCA